AUGAUAGCCACUGGUGGGGUCAUCACCGGCCUGGCGGCCCUGAAGCGGCAGGACUCUGCCAGGUCCCAGCAACACAUCAACCUCAGCCCACAGCCUGCCCCCCAGGAUCAGAAACCCGUGAGACGGCGCCCACGAGCUGACGUUGUGGUGGUCCGUGGGAAAAUCCGGCUUUACUCUCCAUCUGGCUUUUUCCUCAUUCUGGGAGUGCUGGUGUCCAUCAUAGGGAUCGCCAUGGCGGUCCUAGGAUACUGGCCCCAGAAGGAGCAUUUCAUCGACGCGGAGACCACGCUGUCCACCAAUGAGACCCAAGUGGUUCGGAACCAGGGCGGUGUGGUGGUGCGUUUCUUUGAGCAGCAUCUGCACUCUGAUAAGAUGAAGAUGCUUGGCCCGUUCACCAUGGGCAUCGGCAUCUUCAUUUUCAUCUGUGCCAAUGCCAUUCUUCACGAGAACCGCGACAAAGAAACCAAAAUCAUCCACAUGAGGGAUAUCUAUUCCACAGUCAUCGACAUCCACACGCUGAGACUCAAGGACCAGAAGCAGGCAAACGGCCUGUACGCAGGCUUGCUGGGAGACUCCGAGGUGAAGCGGAACGGCAGCCCCUGUGCGUCCAGGCUGGCUGCCACCACCUUGACCUCCUUCUCGGGCAUGCGGAACAGCUUUCGCGUGGACAGCUCUGUGGAGGAGGAUGAGCUCAUGUUGACUGAAAGUAAGAGCCUGGGGCAUCUCAUGCCCCCGUUGCUUUCUGACAGCGCAACCUCUGUCUUUGGCCUCUAUCCACCUCCGGUCAAGACCACCGAUGACAAGACCAGCAGCUCCAAGAAGUGUGACACCAAAUCAAUCGUGUCGUCAUCCAUCAGUGCUUUCACGCUGCCUGUGAUCAAGCUUAAUAACUGUGUCAUUGACGAGCCCAGUAUAGACAGCAUCACUGAGGUCGCAGACAACCUCAAAACUAGGUCCAGGAAUCUUUCGAUGGAUUCCCUCGUGGUCCCACUGCCAAGCUCUGGUGAGUCCUUCCAGCCCGCCAGCACAUUACUCCCAAGGAACAAUUCUGUUGGGGAGUCCCUAUCGAGUCAAUACAAGUCCUCUGUGGCUCUGGGACCCGGGACUGGACAGCUCUUGUCUCCCGGGGCUGCAAGAAGACAGUUUGGAUCCAACACGUCCUUACAUCUGCUUUCUUCUCACUCCAAAUCCCUAGACUUAGACCGGGGUCCUUCCACCCUCACAGUGCAGGCGGAACAAAGGAAGCACCCGAGUUGGCCCCGGUUGGAUCGGACCAACAGCAAAGGGUAUAUGAGACUGGAGAACAAAGAGGACCCGAUGGAUCGGCUGCUCGUUCCCCAAACAGCAAUCAAAAAAGACUUCACGAAUAAAGAGAAACUUCUUAUGAUCUCAAGGUCUCAUAACAACUUGAGUUUUGAACACGAUGAGUUUUUGAGUAACAACUUGAAGCGAGGAACUUCUGAGACAAGGUUUUAGUGUUUAAGAAGAGACCAUUUUCCUUGGGGGCAUACUAUAGCCAAUGUUUGCCUCCUUAAAGCAUUGGUGGCAAGCCUUUUAAAAUCAAAUGCCAGUGUGUUAGAAAUGGUUAGUUAAUUCUGCAAUGAAGAUGGCUGUAUGUAGGGGUUCCCUUUCCCUACAGAUCUGUAGAUUAUCAUGUGAGAUUUUUGUUUUCUCACUCGCUGAAAGCAUGGUUUCUUUUGUCGACCUAGAUGUGAAAUACCUGCAUUCAUAUUAGGAAUUUGGCUUUACUUUCAAAUCCUGUCACCGAUGAUCAUCUUCACAGAGGGAAUGAGCCAGUACGAGGAAAGCGUGGAGUACCAAAGUGUGGACAAGAAGUGUUAAAACUCAGGUCCAAUACUCAAUAGACACAUUUAUAAAUGACGAGGAAUGCAGUCUUAAAAUGUGGUUUUCUGAAUCGUUUUAUACACAAUUGCUUACAUGACUUAACAGGAGAACUCAUUUCUGUUACGCCUGUUGUGAGUCAUACUCUGCACUCUUUAUGGGCGGUAUAUAUAUAUAUA